AUGUCCGAGGAACUGAAAAUUGACCACCGAGCACGGAAGCGCAUCAAGGAAGUUAAAAAAAAAGCCAGGCCUGAACUGGCGGACAAGGCGGCUUGGACCCAGCACGAGUACGUCAAAAAAUUAGCAGAAUUUUGGAAAUUUGAGGACAAUGUUGACCGCAUCGAUGAGUCACAAGUUUCUUGUGAUGAAUUUAUUAAAUUAUACGAGAAACCUUACAAACCUGUGAUAAUACGAGGUGUUCAGACGGAAUGGAAGGCCCAGUACAAAUGGACUGUUGAGUACCGUAACCAAAAAUUCAAGUGCGGAGAAGACAACGAGGGAUACAGCGUAAAAAUGAAGAUGAAGUACUACGUCCAGUACAUGCGGAACAACGAGGACGACUCGCCUCUGUACAUCUUCGACAGCUCGUUCGGGGAACACCCGAGACGGAAAAAGCUCCUGGAGGACUACGUGAUUCCCAAGUACUUCCGGGACGACCUGUUCCAGCAUGCGGGGGAGCACAGGCGCCCACCGUACCGGUGGUUCGUGAUGGGUCCGGCGCGUUCCGGAACCGGGAUCCACAUCGAUCCCCUCGGAACAAGUGCCUGGAACGCCCUGAUAUCCGGACACAAGCGCUGGUGUCUCUUUCCGACACACACGCCAAGGGAACUUUUGAAAGUUACCGGCUCCGAGGGCGGGAAACAGCGAGAUGAAGCCAUAACCUGGUUCUCGGUGAUUUAUCCCCGGACUAAACUUCCAUCCUGGCCGCAAGAUUGUCUGCCAAUUGAGAUCCUCCAGGGCCCCGGGGACACCGUCUUUGUUCCCGGAGGCUGGUGGCAUGUUGUACUCAACCUCGACGAGACGAUAGCCAUCACCCAGAACUUCUGCUCCCGCACCAACUUCCCCGUCGUCUGGCACAAAACUGUUCGCGGCCGCCCGAAAUUGUCUAGGAAGUGGCUCAAAGUUCUCGCGGAAAAAGAACCGGACUUGGCGGCUCUCGCGACUACUAUUGAUGUGGAGAAGGACACUGGCGUUGCCAGUGACUCCUCCAGUGGGUCUUCCAGCAGCUCUUCCUCUAGCAGCUCCUCCAGCCAGUCUGAAGAUAGCGAAGAAGACAGCGGACAGGAAUCUUUGUCCGCUCACAAGAAGAAGAAAAGGUAA